AUGAAGCCCAUUCAAAAACGACGAAGAAGGGAUUCCAUCUUCUCCCAAUUUGACGAGUUGAACCAGAUGAUCUGCGAAGAAUUGCGAGAAAAGUUCCCACUUUCCGAACCGCGGGAACCUCAAAUGAUGCCAAGAAAGAAGACACAGCCCGAGGAAGCCCUUACUCGUACCUUACCCCUCCAAAGUUUUGUCAGCGAAACAAAACGGACAGCCCCGGAGGAAGUAAUCGUCCUUUCAUCAGACGAAGAAGAUACAGUCGAACCUCCACGGAAGCAACGAAAAUCGAGCAAACAGGAGUCACCGAAGAAGGCGGAGGAAAAGAAAGUCCACGAGACAAUCUCUGAGAAAGUAAAAAGAAGACGCAGUGCAAAGAUUCCAGAGGGCUUCCUGUUUUAUGAAGAAUCUCACGAAGACGAGAUCUACACCGUCGAGAAAAUUAUCGGAAAACGUUACGUCUGGGGAAAGAUUCAAUACAGAGUCCUUUGGAAGAAUUGGAACAUUGACGCGGCAACUUGGGAGCCUCUCAAGAAUUUGACUGACUGCGAGAAAGAGAUCAAAGAAUACGAAAAGGAGCGUGCUGAGAAUCUACUGAACGGAAAAAGAAGAGAUAAAAAGGGCCGUUUUCUUCCUGCACGAUCUGUCUAA